UCGGUUCAUAGCCUUCUUCGGAGGAGUACUCAUGGCCCUUUUUAUAACCAAAACCGUCAUCUUCUUCUCUUCCACUUCACCACCGACAUCACCGGCUUCUCUCGCUCUCCGGUCCGAGAAGGAAGAGCAUCACGUUUGGAUCGAGGAGGAUGGCUGCGCGGGCGUCGCUGAUAGAGCCGGACGGGGGCAAGCUGGUGGAGCUGGUGGUGCCGGAGAUGGAGCGGGCGGGGAGGAAGACGGAGGCGGAGGCGAUGCCGAAGGUGAGGAUCGGGAGGGUGGAUUUGGAGUGGGUGCAUGUUGUGUCGGAGGGGUGGGCGAGCCCGCUGCGUGGGUUCAUGAGGGAGGAUCAGUACUUGCAGAGCCUCCAUUUCAACUCGUUGAGGAUGGAGGAUGGCUCGGUUGUCAAUAUGUCCUUGCCCAUCGUUCUCGCCAUUGGGGAUGAUGACAAGGAGCGCGUUGGUGGUGCUCGGGACGUGGCCUUGGUUGGGCCGAAUGGAGAUCUUGUCGCCAUUCUCAGAAGGAUUGAGAUAUACAAACAUAACAAAGAAGAAAGAAUUGCAAGAACAUGGGGGACGACUGCUCCAGGAUUGCCUUAUGUUGAGGAAGUAAUUACUUCUGCUGGAAAUUGGCUCAUCGGUGGGGAUCUUGAAGUGAUAGAGCCAAUAAAAUAUAAUGAUGGUCUAGAUCACUACAGACUUUCUCCCUGUGAACUUCGCAAGGAAUUUGAUAAACGUAAAGCGGACGCAGUAUUUGCCUUCCAAUUGAGAAACCCUGUGCACAAUGGACAUGCUUUACUAAUGAAUGAUACUCGCAGGCGCCUCUUAGAUAUGGGUUACCAAAACCCAAUUCUUUUGCUUCAUCCUUUAGGUGGUUUUACAAAGGCAGAUGAUGUGCCCUUAGAUGUGAGGAUGGAACAACACAGCAAGGUUUUAGAAGAUGGAAUUCUUGACCCUGAGACCACCAUUGUGUCAAUAUUCCCUUCACCUAUGCAUUAUGCUGGUCCAACCGAAGUGCAAUGGCAUGCUAAGGCAAGGAUAAAUGCGGGGGCUAAUUUCUACAUUGUAGGACGUGAUCCUGCAGGAAUGGGUCAUCCAACUGAAAAGAGGGAUUUAUAUGACCCAGAUCAUGGGAAAAAGGUCUUGAGCAUGGCACCUGGUUUAGAGAAGCUGAACAUAUUACCAUUCAAGGUGGCAGCCUAUGACAUGAAGGACAAGAAGAUGGCAUUUUUUGAUCCUUCUCGCGCUAAAGAUUUUCUCUUCAUAUCGGGUACCAAGAUGCGCACAUUUGCGCGAAAUGGAGAGAAUCCUCCUGAUGGAUUUAUGUGUCCGGGCGGGUGGAAUGUCUUGGUUAAUUAUUACAAGAGCUUGCAAGCUGACGAAACUGAACAACUUUCUGCUGCUUUAUCUGUUUAACUGUUUCGGCAAACAGAGGUUCUCAGGCUUUUGGUUUGAUCUGGAUUGCUGUUCCAAAAUCAAGAACCCUGGUAGUUUAAAGGUUAGAAUGCACUAAUAGUUAGUUUUCAUUGUCUUUUUUACUUCCUGGUAUUUUUGGUACGCAAGUUUCAAUUCAUUAGCUCUGAAGCUAAUCAAUUCUAUGUGAGAGUUAUCAAGGGAAAUUAGAAUCAGUUAUGAGUUACAUGUUGACUGGAUGUUGUAAUGGCUAAUAAUCAACGAUGCUUAUUGAUGCAUGCAGCCUUCUUUUUGUU